CUCCCAUGAUGCACUGCUUCGUGUCAACUGACAUUGUGAACUCCUGCGUUAUAUCAGAGACUAUUUAGCUUAAAAGACUUUGAUUAUAUACUGACCGUGAGCUGGCAAGGCUAGUUAAAUUAGCUCACGCGCACAAUUGUUGAAUUCCUCUCGUGCACAUCAUGAGUGGCAUGAGAACUAUUCUGUCCUCGAUGGCGCUGGUCGGGGUUGCUGGUAUCGGGUAUGGUAUGUGGGCUAUGAUUUCACCUGGAGAAGAGAGGAAAAGGGAAUUAUUAAAGAAUCUACCUGAGGCAAACCCUGUCCGUAUGGAGGAGUCCAGGAGGAGAAAUGCUCUCAUGCUCCAAGUUCUGAAGGACGCUGCAGAGACUAAUGAUAACAUUGCACGUGGAUUUGGGAGUCAGAAAUGAUGAAUGUGUAUCUUCGCAAAUAGACUUUCACAUGCCACUUGCAAUCUGUACAUGCAAUGGUGGAGAAGGAUGAAGGCGUGACUUAUUUAAAACAUGUUGUCAUUAACAGUGAAAUUAUCUGAUUAGGCAUUUGAUUUCACGAUAGUCAACAUGUCAUAAAUUGUUAUAUAAAUUACAUGGAUGGACACUGCCAUCCAUGGCAUUAUGCUCUUGUCAAAUCUGGAAAUGUGUGUAAAUAAACGUGGGAAAUCUGCAAUUUACUGCAUCGUUGUUCUAAAGCUGAAAUGUUUUUUGUUUUUAAUACGUGAUGUUAUCUAAAAAGAAUGUUAUGGGUUCAAUACAAGUUAAGCUCAAUCGAUAGUAUGUGUCACAUAAUGUUUAUAACUACAAAAAAUGAUUACUUGUUUUUGUUUGUUUGUUUUUUUUUUUUCAAGCAAAAAUCGUGAUUACAGUGAUAUACAAUUGAAGUGAAAGGGACCAGUCCAUAAACAUAAAAAUAUGCACUGUUUCAAAGGUAUAACCACAAGACCUAACUAUUAUACAGGUUAACAUGAUUUAAGAGUGAUAAAAUUGCUUGCAUGAUAGGCUAUAUCUGUGUACAGUAAUAUCCAAUCCGAGCAUCACAUUGUCAUGGCAAUAGCCAUGAUAGCCUAUUGGAUAUAAAUGUACACACAAGGUUGUUUAUGUCUUGUGGUUAUGCUUUUGAAACUGUAUUUUAAUAUCUACGGACUGGCCCAUUCACUUCCAUUUGUAAGUGUUAUAU